CUUUCCUUAUAAAUCUCGCACCCACGUGGCCCUGCACUACCUGGUUGAACUGAAAACUUAUCUUUCGGGGUGCAAACUUUUACAUAGUUGCAGUGCCUGUUAGUACUAUGGCUUCCGCUGAAAUUGCACUUCUGAGUGUGUCCGAUAAGUCCGGCCUUGUAGACUUUGCCAAGCGCCUGGUGUCAUUUGGACUGUCCCUUGUGGCAUCAGGUGGCACUGCAAAAACUCUCCGUGAUGCCGGCCUGGUGGUCAGGGAUGUGUCAGAGCUCACUGGCUUUCCGGAGAUGCUGGGGGGUAGAGUGAAGACCCUGCACCCUGCUGUGCAUGGGGGCAUCUUGGCCCGUAACACCCCUUCUGAUAAAGAUGAUUUGGAGAAGCUUGGCUUCAGUCUAGUGAGGGUGGUGGUGUGUAACCUGUACCCCUUCGUAAAGACGGUCUCCUCUCCUGAUGUGACUGUGGCUGAUGCAGUGGAGCAGAUUGACAUUGGUGGUGUGACAUUGCUGCGGGCAGCAGCUAAGAACCAUGCUCGUGUGACUGUCGUGUGUGAUCCUGCUGACUAUGAGCUGGUUGCUGCUGAAAUGGAGAAAUCUGACUCUCGGGACACCUCUCUGGAUACCCGCAAAACCCUCGCUCUAAAGGCCUUCACUCACACUGCCCAGUAUGAUGAGGCAAUCUCCGACUAUUUCCGCAAAGAGUACAGCAGUGGCGUUUCCCAUCUCCCCCUGCGCUACGGCAUGAACCCUCACCAGGCACCUGCCCAGCUGUGUACCCUGCGCCCAGCUCUGCCCCUCAAAGUGGUAAAUGGCUCGCCGGGAUUCAUCAACCUGUGUGACGCCCUGAAUGCCUGGCAGCUGGUGCGGGAGCUGCAGCGAGCACUGGGGGUCCCUGCUGCCGCCUCCUUUAAGCACGUCAGCCCGGCAGGUGCUGCCAUUGGCGUCCCGCUUACUGAGGAGGAAGCUGUGGUCUGCAUGGUAAAGGACCUUCUCCAGGAGCUCAGCCCGCUAGCGACCGCUUACGCCAGAGCCAGAGGGUCUGACCGAAUGUCCUCAUUUGGGGAUUUCAUCGCUCUGUCUGACAUCUGUGACGUUCCAACAGCUAAGAUUAUCUCUAGAGAGGUUUCCGAUGGGAUAAUCGCCCCCGGCUACGAAGAAGCAGCGCUGAAAAUCCUCGCUAAGAAAAAAAAUGGCAACUACUGUGUGCUGCAGAUGGACCCAGAGUACGAGCCCGACGAGAGUGAAGUGCGUGUGCUCUUUGGCCUGCACCUCAAGCAGAAGAGGAAUGGGGCGUCAAUUGAUGCCAGCCUCUUCAACAAUGUCGUCUCCAAGGGCAUGCUGUCAGAGACGGCCCUGAGGGACCUGACUGUGGCCACUAUAGCAGUGAAGUACACCCAGUCAAAUUCUGUGUGCUAUGCCAAAGACGGCCAGGUCAUUGGCAUUGGGGCGGGGCAACAGUCUCGCAUCCACUGCACUCGAUUGGCUGGAGACAAAGCCAAUAACUGGUGGCUUAGGCAUCACCCUAGAGUGCUUUCUAUGAAGUUCAAGAGUGGAGUCAAGCGGGCUGAGAUGGCCAAUGCCAUUGACCAGUAUGUGAGUGGGACCAUUGGAGAGGGCCCAGACUUGGCUUUGUGGAAGAGCCUUUUUGAGGAAGUACCAGAGCUGCUUGCGGAUACUGAACGCAAGAACUGGAUCAGCACCCUGCAAGCCGUGGCCCUCAGCUCCGACGCUUUCUUCCCUUUCCGAGACAACGUGGACCGUGCCAGACAGAGUGGAGUGGAAUACAUAGCAGCGCCCUCUGGCUCCACUGCUGACCAGGUGGUCAUUGAUGCCUGCAAUGAGUUGGGCAUCACCCUGGUUCAUACCAACUUGCGCCUCUUCCACCACUGAAAGCUUGCAAACUGCUUAUUACAUCCCGGCCCCCCUUCUUUGGUCACACAUGGUACAUUCCUCUGUAUUCCAUUGCUUCUCUAUACAAAGCUUCCAUGUUCAGCAUCUUCAUGGUUGUUAAAAGGUCAAAAAUAAAGUGACAUUUCUGUGGA